CAUUGGUCCUUGUGAGUUGGGGUUUUAUGGUCAGAGUUGUGACGAGGAUUGUCCAGAACAUUGUUAUCUCGGCUGCAACAGAAAUGACGGUUCGUGUUUUGUCUGCGACUCCAGGUUUUGGGGCAUGUUCUGUAAUAAUACGUGUGGGACGAACUGUUUCAUGUCAUGUGAUCAGAUGACUGGCAUAUGCCCUGUCUGUAACUCUGGGUGGCGAGGAGCAACAUGCCAGUCGCCAUGUAGUCUUCCAAACUGCAAAAGCUGCACGACUAACGACGAGUGUUCUGUCUGUAAGGAAGGGUGGUACGGACUAAAAUGCGAUAAGAUAUGUUCUCAAAAUUGCCAAAGCUCAACAUGUGAUCGACGAACUGGCAAUUGUGAUUGUCAACCUGGCUGGUUUGGGGAACAGUGCAAUAAUCAGUGCAUCCCGAACUGUUCUUUCUGUAGUUCAAAUAAAACUUGUGUGUUGUGUGAGGACGGAUUCUAUGGAGCUCGUUGUGAACAUAAAUGUAUUGAUGAAUGUAAAACGUGUCUAAGAUCUGGACUGGAAUGUACAGAGUGUAAAGAUGAAGACAGAUACGGUGACACUUGUGAAUGCAGCUUCUCAGAAUGUGCACAACGCGAGAAGGGGAAAUUCGAUUGCAUAUUGUGUUCCAAAAUUGACUGGUUUCCAUUUGAAAAUGGUUGUUGUCCAUGCAGAACUAGCUAUUGCUUAGACAGCGAUGCAUGUAAUAUAAACUCAGCAGCCUGUUCGUCAGGAUGCCAGGACGGCUACUAUGGUAUAAUGUGUACAAAUAAAUGUAGUCCAUUUUGUAAAGGUGGCAACACAACUUGUCUUGGAAAUUUAGGACACUGUGCCAAGGGCUGUGUUGAUGGAUGGCUUGGUAAGAAAUGUGACGCAUCUUUCUGUAAAGAGUCAUAUCCACACUGCAUUCAGUGUGCUUAUCGUCGGAAGCCGUAUUCGGCCAAUAGCAACGACCUGGAUUGUACAGAAUGUGAGCCUGGAUUCUAUAUCACUAAUGGACAUUGCGAAGAAUGUCUCCAUUGUAAAGACAACAAGUGCCGAAGUCAUGAUGGUAUCUGUCUUGAAGGGUGCGCUCGAGGAUGGUAUUUAGAUUCCUUCCGAGAAUACUGUACUAACGAAUGUGGACGCUGCGUGAAUCAGAUAUGUCACGCAUUCAAUGGUACAUGUGUAAACGGAUGUCAACCAGGAUACCAUGGCCACACGUGCACUAUGCACUGUCCUAGAAACUGCAAGUACGCUACGUGUAAUGCCUCGGGAAUUUGUGCCGAAGGUUGUAGCCAGGGAUAUUAUGGAACUUACUGCUACGAAGAAUGUGAAAGAUGUCUACAGGAUGUGUGUGAUCGUGAGACUGGGGUCUGUUUAAAGUGUAAGCCCCAGUGGCAUGGUCCUGGCUGUAGUCAGAGCUGUGACGGGUGCGUUGAGGGAAUGUGUACGGAUGGACAGGGUUGUGCUGAAGGCUGCUGGCCGGGAUUGUACGGUAUAUCGUGCAACAUGACAUGUCCGGACAAGGCCUCGUGCUAUGCGUGCGACCAGUUAUCCGGUCAGUGUAUCGUAUGCAAAGACACACUCGGCUCCCCUGCACCGCCGUCCUGCAAGAUAGUCAUGGAUGAUAUCACGUGGACGGAAGCUUACAGGGAGACAUCAUGUGCAGUCGGUUAUUAUGGGGAAUUUUGUCAAUUGAAAUGCCCAGAAAAGUGUCUCGUAGAUUCAGAAAAGCGGCAUCGCUGUGAUAGAUUUACAGGCACGUGUCUGCCGAUAGCCGGAUGUUACCCAGGUAACUACGGGCUCUACUGUGAUCGGAUAUGCCUUAAUUGUCUGUAUGGAGCAUGCUCUAGAGACGCCGGGAUGUGUUUGCAUGGCUGCGAUACAGGUUGGACAGGUCCUGAAUGCCUAU